AUGUUGAUGAAGAACGCUUUGACGGCCCUCCUGGGUCUGGCUGUGGCUACCGAGGCGGUCUCGAUCCAGCAGCUUCGGUCUGUUGGUCUGGCGAGACGGCAGGAUCAAGGACAGGUUCAAGCCAACCGAUUUGGGAAUAAUCGGUUUGGUAACGGGGGGUUUGGCAACGGAGGGUUUGGCAAUGGGGGGUUUGGAAAUGGGGGUUUUGGCAACGGAGGAUUUGGCAACGGGAACAAUAACAAUAACAACAACGGCAACAACAACAACAACAAUGGCAACAACAACAACGGCAACAACAACAACAACAACAACAACAACAACAACAACAACAACAACAACAACAACAACAACAACAAUGCUGCGUCGGUUACUUGCCUUGCCCCGAACGCCAUCCAGACCGGUUCGCAGCAAACAGGCCAGAACGGCGCCGUUCCUGCCGAUGGCCAGGUUAACUCGGCGACUGACCCUGCCAACUUCAUUAACUUCUGCGCUGGUCAGACCCUGACCAAUGGUCUGCAGAACCGUGAUGGUUCUUGCAAUGGCAUUCCCAUGGGCAAGAUUCCCUCAGUCAACCGCAUGGUCUCGACCGUCAUCCUGAACCCCAAGAAUUUUGACGACCUCCAGGAGCUCACGACCUUCAACAUUGUGCUCCAGAUCAAGGACAUGCAGCUGGGUUCCUUCACCAACGCGACGAGCACCUACUACGCCGCGCCCCAAGAUCUCAAUGCUGCUGGCCAGAUCAUCGGCCACACCCACGUCACUGUCCAGGACACCGGCAACACGCUCAACCCGACUCAACCCCUUGAUCCUACCCAGUUUGCCUUCUUCAAGGGUAUUAACGAUGCUGGCAAUGGUCAGGGUCGUGUCCAGGCCGAAGUCACCGGCGGCCUGCCCCGCGGUUGCUACCGCGUCUGCACCAUGUCUUCUGCGUCCAACCAUCAGCCGGUCCUAAUGCCUGUGGCCCAGCGUGGCUCUCAGGAGGACUGCCGCUACUUCAGCGUUGGUGGUGCCUGCGCAACUGGCAACAAUAACAAUAAUAACAAUAACAACGGCAACAAUAACAAUAACAACAACGGUAAUAACAACAACGGCAACAACAAUAACAACAACCGGAACAACAAUAAUAACAACAACAACAAUCAGGGCAAUAACAAUAACAACAACGGCGGCAACCGCGGAAACAACCGCAACAACAACAACUUCAAUAAUAACAACAACAGCAACAACAACAGCAACGGCGGUAACAACCAGCGAGCUGCCUUCAACUCGCUCGGCGGUAUCAACCCUCCGGAGAUUACCAGCACCAACGACCCGAAUCGCCCAUUUGCUGUUGCUGGUAACACCUUUGCCAGCCGAGCCGAUGCCGUUCAACGUGCCUGCGCCAUCCAGAACAACGCCUGCGCGGAUGCUGUCAACUCGGGUGCCCUCCCAGGCGUCACCGUCCCACAGUGCAAUGCUCAGGAACAGACGUGCCGGCAGGCUCUCGGUGCUUGA